CAGCAGCGUGUCUCAGUCCGCUCUAGCCGCGACCUGGCUGGUGAUCAUGGCGGGUAAAGCAGGCAAGCAGCGCCGCAGCGGAGCGGAGCAGCCGCAGGACGAUGAGCAGCAGCCGCUGCAGGCGGUCCUCAUCGCGGACAGCUUCAACCGCAGGUUCUUCCCCAUCUCCAAGGACCAGCCGAGGGCUCUGCUGCCGCUGGCCAACGUCUGCAUGAUCGACUACACGUUAGAGUUCCUGACCUCCACAGGGGUGCAGGAGACGUUCAUCUUCUGCUGCUGGAUGUCCAACAAGAUAAAAGACCACCUGCUAAAGUCCAAAUGGUGCCGCCCCACGUCUCCGAACACGGUCCACAUCAUCACCUCUGACCUCUACCGCUCCCUCGGGGACGUCCUGAGGGACGUGGACGCCAAGUGUUUGGUCCGUUCGGAUUUCGUGCUGGUCUACGGGGACGUGGUGUCCAACAUCGACCUGUCCCAGGCCCUUCAGGAGCACAAACUCCGCCGCAAGCUGGAGAAGAACAUCUCGGUGAUGACCAUGAUCUUCAAGGAGUCCUCGCCCGGCCACAGGACGCGCUGUGAUGAGGACGACAUCAUCGUUGCCGUGGACAGCAAGAGCAAACGUGUGCUUCACUACCAGAGGACUCAGGGCCUGAAGAAGCUCCAGUUUCCCAUGAACAUCUUCCACAGCGGCAGUGACGAGUUCGAAAUCCAUCACGAUCUGCUGGACUGUCACAUCAGCAUCUGUUCUCCGCAGGUGGCUCAGCUGUUCACUGACAACUUCGACUACCAGACGAGGAACGACUUUGUUCGGGGCAUUCUCGUCAACGAGGAGAUUUUGGGGAAUCAGAUCCACAUGUACGUGAGUAAGGACGGCUACGGGGCGCGCGUCUCCAACCUGCUGAUGUACGACUCGGUGUCAUCAGACCUCAUCCGCCGCUGGGUCUACCCCAUCACGCCGGAGGCCAACUUCUCAGACGCCAAGGGGCGGAGCUGCACGCACUCCCGCCACAACGUGUACCGUGAGCCGGGCGUCAGCCUGGGACACGGCAGCCUGAUGGAGGAGAAUGUGCUGAUUGGCCGAAACACCGUGAUCGGGGCCAACUGCAGCAUAUCCAACACCGUCAUCGGGGCCAACUGUGUCAUCGGGGACGGAGUGGUGUUGGACCGGGCGUAUAUAUGGAACAACGUCCGCAUCGGCAACGGCGUGACGGUCUGUCAGUCGCUGAUCUGUGAUGGUGUGGAGGUGAAAGACGGCGUCACGCUGAACGAACAGUGUGUGCUCGCUUACGAUGUUGUGGUGGGACCCAAUAUUUCUCUCCCGGAGGGCACCGUGGUGUCCAUGCACCACCCGGACGAGGAAGACGAGGCGGAUGACGAUGAGUUUUUGAGUGACGAUAACGAUGUUUCGCUGAAUAAAGACAAGACCAAACAGAAAGCGUUCAGCCCGGCGGAGGUGGGCUCUGAGGGGCGGGGCUACCUGUGGAAAACCAGCAGUCUGGAUGACACAGAGGAUGAUGUGUUAGCACAGUGCAUCUGGGGUCUGGUGCUGAAACCUGACACUGACAGUGAGACCGAGAGCGAGGCCAGCGAAGGGUCACAAGAUGCCGGGAGCCGCCCGGUGUCGCCCGAACUGGACGACGUCCGAGUGUUUCAGAACGAGGUGCUGGGCACUUUGCAGAGGGGCCUGGAGGAAAACAUCGGCUGUGAUAAUCUGGUCCUGGAGAUUAACUCACUGAAGUACGCCUACAACAUCUCGCUGAAGGAGGUCAUGCAGGUGCUCACCAGAGUGGUGCUGGAGUUUCCCUUCCAGCAGCAAGGAGCUCAGAUCAGCCCGGCGCAGUACUCCACCCUGCUGCUGCCUCUGCUGAAGAAGUGGGCUCCUGUCUUUAAGAACUACGUGAAGCGUGAGCAGGACCACAUGGACUGCCUCGCCUCUCUGGAGGAGGUGUUCCUGGAGCACGACUCGCAGUGGCCUGCGCUGGUCAAGGUGCUGAUGACCGUGUACGAGCUGGACAUCCUGGAGGAGGACACAAUCAUGCGCUGGUUCUCUCAGAAGGUCACCACAGAAAAGAGCCGGCAGCUGCGCAAGAACCAAGGGCUGCUGAAGUUCAUCCAGUGGCUGCAGGAGGCUGAGGAGUCUUCAGGUGGAGACGAGUGAAGGUCAGCAGGGACGUGGUCACCAGGGCUUUAUGCUUUCAGACACAGCUACACUAAACACAGCAGACCUGCCCAUCUCGUCGGACCACCGCUGCACCAGCCGAGCCCGUUCCAGCCCACAGCUCAGACCUGGCUGGUUCUUUCACAUCAUCACAACACGGAUCAUCUUCAGAUGGUUAUGUUUAAACACUGUAGCAGUGAGUGUGACUCUGCUGUGUCUGUCUGCUGGUCAUCUUCCCUUGGGAGACGCCACUGACCCUCUGACCUUACGGUGAUGGACCUGUUUGGACAUUUUUUUUAUUUUGUUUUUCAGGCUCCAUUUGAGAGUCGCGCUGUGGAGCGACUCGGCUUUGCUGAGUUUCUGCUGUGUGAAAAAGGAUUGGUUGGUCAUGCAUUUUUGCUCGAUGGCUGUAAAACAUAUUUAAAGGCUGAAAUGAAACACUGA